UUUUUUUAAAUUCUAUUCACCAAGUUCCCAACUGCAUUUGUGUCUUUGUUUAAUUCGUGACUCUCACAGUGUUACGUCACGGCGCGAGGUGGUUACGUCAUCUCGGUGACCGGGAGACCCGGUGAUGUCACAUUAAGCAGGAAAACUUCACGUGGCUCUGGUGGUCCCCGCAAAAACGAGCCCUAACGGUCCUCCGCUGGACACCGAGCGUCUUCUGAUACUAACGCGCGCGUUCUGGCCGCGGCGCGUCCGUCGGGCUUCUUAAAUGCGCAGCGACAACUGCGUCCUCCUCGCGUCACACCGAGGUUCCCCUCACAUCCCGUGAACCGACGCCGACGCGAGCGCCAGAGCAGAUAGCAGGGAAACACUCGACGUUUAACGGCGUGCGGCGAACGGACGGACGGUGACGGUGUUCGAGGUGUUGCGGGUUUAUCCUCGUCGCGUUCGGGUGGAGUCGAGCCACACACACUGAAGUCUGAGCUGUGACACACUUCAGGACUCAAUCAUGAAGGACGGAAUGGCUAAUAACAGCACGGCCAGCAUCUCUCAGGCCCGGAAAGCUGUGGAGCAGCUGAAGAUGGAGGCCUGCAUGGACAGGAUAAAGGUGUCCAAGGCCGCGGCGGACCUGAUGGCGUACUGUGAUGCUCAUAUACGAGAGGACCCGCUCAUUGUGCCGGUCCCGGCCUCAGAGAACCCCUUCAGGGAGAAGAAGUUCUUCUGCACCAUCCUCUGAGUUUGGGCCGGGCCGCAGCUUCUGUGUCCUCGUCUCUGGCUGCCGCCGUUGAGCGGCUGUUGACGGUCUGAUCCCUCCUGGACGCCUCUGGGGGGUCUGGGGUCAAUUAACUGGCAACCCAAUCAGAGCGUCUCAUGUCUCGUUAAAUAGGUUUGUUAUUGCUUCGUAAUUAGAGAACAGCCUUUCUCACUGCUUAUGGGAUGAGAGUUUUUUGUGUUUUCGUUUGGUUUU